AUGGUCAGUAUCUACACUUUAGGACGUUCCGAUGAAGAACAAGCAAAAAAACAUUCGGAAUUUCCAGUUAAUGAAGCUCCCUUUGUUGAUUUUGUCCCAGAGUCAAAACUUCAGUCUGAGAUGGAACAUAUGCCUCUGGAUUUGGAAAAGAAGCAUGUUGGCUAUUAUGAACAUUUGCCUAUAACAACAGAAUAUCCAAAAAUUGAACAACCAUUUAUUGGUCACAUUCAUGAGAAGAAUCUUCAGCCUGAAUUGGGUGCAUUGCCUCUUGAUGUAGAGAAGAAGCAUGAAGGCUAUUAUGAACAUUUGCCUUCAGUAAUAACGGAAGAAGUAAAGAAGCCUGGGUUGCUGGAUAAAAUAACGCAUCUUCUCAAGGAGGAUGUGACGAACAGUGAUUAUCCUCAAGUUACUGCUCCAUUCUCUGGACAUGUAUACGAAAUCAACCAUCCUACUGAACUUUAUGCAUCUCAGAUAGAGCAACAUGUUAAUGUUUAUUCUUCAGGUCGUUCUGAUGAGAUUCCAAAAACUACAGAAUAUCCAAUAGAAACAUCUUAUUCUGGACAUGUCUCAGAGUCAAAACGUUUACCCGAAAUUGAUUCAGUUCCUUUGGAGAUUGAAAACAAACACAUUGGUUACUAUGAAAGGUUGCCUACACCAGCUGAACACUCAGAAAAGAAGCUUGGAACACUGGAAAAACUGACUCAAUUCUUAAAAGGAAGUAAAACUACAGAAGAGUUUCCUGUUGAUUCGGAGCCAUACACCGGAACGACCCAAAGAAUUGAGGCAACAUCAGAAGCUUCAAAUGAGCCUAUACAUGCCUUUGUUAGCAUCUAUUCUUCUGGACGUUCUGAUGAGAUUCAUCAAUCAAAAUCAACAGAAUUUCCAAUUAAUGAAGCUCAAUUUAUUGGAAAUGUUCAUCAAGUAAAACGACAUGCGGAGAUUGAAACUUCACCACUUGAUUUUGAAGUAAAGCAUGUUGGUUAUUAUGAACAGCUUCCCUCAACAUCAACAAAAUCAUCAGAAUAUCCAAAAAUUGAAGAACAAUUUAUUGGCCACAUUCAUUCCACGCGAAGAAAUGAAAUCGAGAAUUUACCAUUGGAAGUUGAAAAUAAUUACAUUGGGUAUUACGAACAUCUUCCUCUCACAAAUCAAGAAGAGAAGAAGCCGGGAGCUUUAGAAAAGCUAACAAAAUUAUUCAAAGGAAGUAAAACAAUGGGAGACUUCCCUAUUGAUUCUGAGCCUUAUUCUGGCCCUAUCACACUAACCAACACCAUUACUGAUUUGACAACAGAACCAAUUCAUUCCUUGGUUAGUAUCUACUCUUCCGGACGUUCUGAUGAUGAGCAACAAACGGUAAAAAUAACAGAAUUUCCCAUUAAUGAAGCUCCAUACGUUGAUUAUGUUCCGGAAUCAAAACUUCAUCUUGGAAUCGAGCAUAUACCCUUGGAUUUGGAAAAGAAGCAUGUGGGCUACUAUGAACAAUUACCUUCAACAUCAUCAAAAACAUUUGAAUAUCCAAAACAUGGUGAAUCGUUUAUUGGCCAUAUUCAUUCUUGCCAACUAAAUGAAGUUGAAACCGUGCCAAUGGAAUAA